AUGUCCGCGUCACCUCCAUCCCUCGUGCCCAGCGCGCUCCACACUGACGUAAAACAGGUCGAGGACAUCAAGUCAGACGAAUCAUCUUACCGGGAUGCGAACCAGAUUGCUAUUUCGUCCAUCAGCAAGGAUGAGCCGCUCGUGACCAGAAGGGAGUUGUGGAGCUAUUACCUGUACUACAAUGGUGACAAUGGUGUCGGUCCUCUGGGCUAUACACAAACUCUGUUCCAGGGGCUUGCCACAGCAGCGGGAUAUGAUCCCAUCGCAGGUCCUGGCUCGUCAUGCCUUGCAACAACUGCUUCCGGCCAAUGUGUACUUCCUUGGGGUAAUGGCACAAAGUCAGUUCCUAGUGUGGUGUUGAUCGCGAAUGGCAUCAGUUUCGCUAUGAUGACAGCCUUAUUCACUACCGUUGGUUCUGCUGCUGACUACGGCACGUUCGGACGGUGGUUGCUGUUGGCUGUUACAGUGGUAUGCUGGGCUGCACAGUAUGCAUGUAUGGCACUUACCACGCCGAAUCGAUGGGUCCUUGCUAUGGUUCUUUACAUUAUCGGUUUCGUAUCAUACGGCGCGACUCUUGUUUUCUAUGCCGCUCUAUUCCCUCGCCUCGCACGCAAUACCCCACAUGCACGCCAGUUGAGAGAGAAGUACGAAAGCGGCGAGAUUCCUCCUGAAGUUUACGAGCAAGAGGAAUCUCUGGAAAAGAAUAGGAUCAGUAAUAUCUCUACCGCUCAUGGUAAUGUCGGGUACAUAAUCGUCUUAUUGCUGAGCUUAGCGCUUUUGCUGCCGAUGACGAACAACCCCAAGGUAGACAACUAUGUCCUCGUGCUUGUCACCACGUACUGGGUGGUACUUGGCAUCUGGUGGUUUGUCCUCCAGGAACCCAGGCCAGGCCCUAGUUUACCUGAAGGCGAACACUACAUGACGAUUGGAUGGAAGCAGAUCUGGGCCACGCUGAAGACAUACAAGCAUCUUCCCUACACUUUCGUGUACCUGUUCUCCUUCUUCCUUCUCGCAGAUGGGCUGAAUACCACCGGAACCCUCGUUGCUAUUUGCCAGAACAACAAGUUUAGUUUCUCGUUCCUGCAAAAUACCUACUUGGGCCUGUCACAGGCGAUCACCUCGACUGUCAGUACUCUCGCCUUCUGGUACAUCCAGAGAUAUUGGAAGAUUAGCACGAAGAAGAUGUUCGUGGUGACUAAUGUUGUCACGAUUUUAAUUCCGCUAUGGGGUAUGAUUGGAAUAUGGACAGAAAAACUUGGGUUCCAUAAUGUCUGGGAGUUCUGGGCAUACAACAUUGUGUUCGGCCUUUUCCAGGCGCCUUACUACGCAUUCUCCCAGACAAUGAUGGCCGAGCUUAGUCCGCCCGGUUUUGAUAACAUGUUCUUCGGUCUGUUUGGUCUGUCCAACCGCGCUUCUUCUAUGGUAGGACCCAAUGUCAUCCAGGUUAUUAUCAACAAGACGGGGAAUGACUGGCAGGGGUUCCCGUUCCUCUUUGCGUUGUGUACGGCUGCUUCAGCGGUGAUCUGGUUUGGGGUUGAUGUCACGAAGGGGCGGAGGGAUGCUGUGAGGUGGGCGGCUGAGCAGCGCAGGCACACACAAUAG